AUGGCGGAUCUAGUUCGGGUUGUUAAGCCUCCUGAUGCAAUCAGGCAAAUACGCAAGAACUGCUACCGCGUAAGGGAGAUUAUAUUUGAGACUGACAUUAAGUACUACCCCCUCAAGCCCAUUGGAAGAGGAUCUCACGGCGUGCUUUGUGCCGCGCUCAAUCUGGAUACAAAUGACAAGGUCGCGAUCAAGAAGAUCUCCAAUGUGUUCAAGGACCCCAAAACUGCUGUCAACACCCUGAGGGAGCUGAUGAUUCUGAGGCAAAUCCAGCACGAGAACAUCAUCGCCCUCAAGCAUGUCAUGUUGCCAAGCCAGAGGACGAGGUUCGAGGAUGUUUAUUUGGUCUUCGAGCUCAUGAAGACCAGCCUGCACAACUAUAUCCAAACCAGAAAGCAGUUAUUCGAGGACCAGAUUAGGUACUUCAUCUUCCAGAUACUGUGCGGCCUCAACUACCUGCACUCAGUAAAUGUCCUCCAUCGGGAUCUGAGGCCCAGCAACAUCCUCGUCGACUCCAACUGUCGCCUGAAGAUCUGCGACUUUGGUCUCUCGAGAGCAACAGCUCGACGCGAUUCCAAGUUCAUGAACCCGUGCAUUGGAGCUCCAUGGUACCGUGCACCGGAGCUCCUCUUGGGCAACAACAAUUAUGGACCUUCCAUCGACGUUUGGUCCAUUGGAUGUAUCUUCGCAGAAUUGCUCGGGCGAACACCUAUCUUUCCCGGAAGCGACCCCCUGAACCAGUUGCAGCGCAUAAUCAGCAUGCUUGGGACCCCUGGAGAAGAAGAUCUCGACUUCAUCCAGAAUGAAAAAGCAAGAAGAUAUAUCAAGUCCCUGCGUUACUCCAAUGGCACCCGUCUCUCAAGUCGCUUUCCCAAAGCGGAUUCCACGGGCUUGGACCUGCUUGAGAGUAUGCUCCUGUUUGAUCCAAACAAGAGGAUUACUGCUGCUGAGGCACUCAACCACCCUUACAUGGCACCCUAUUUUGAUCCGAGUACUGUCCGUCCCGCCCAGUUCCCUGUGGAGCUCGAUGUGGAGAAGGAUAUGGAGAAGACUGCGAUAAGAGAGAGGAUCUGGCAGGAGAUUCUUCACUUUCAAUAG